AUGGGCUCAGAGCUGACAGCUGCAUGGAAAAGUCUGGCACAGUCAAAAGCUGCUUUGCGGCACAUAGAAAACCACCUGGAGGUAGCUCCAGGGACAGGGGUUCUCCUGGACUCUGUGAUGGACUCCAAAAAGAGCUCCUCAGGCUCUUCCAGGAAAGUUAGUCGCAGGGGACGACAAGUGGAUGACAUGGGAGGCUCGCCAAAAUGGAGGGGGCGUGAUCAUCAAAGCCCAGAGAAGAGCAGCUCUCGCAGUCCUCUGAGAAACACCACCCAGGACAGCAAUGUCCGCAGGAACAAUAAUGUGGAGUUCAGGGAACCACUAGCCUCCUACAGGGAGGCCACCCCUCCACCACUGCUUCCUUCACAGCUGGAGGCCUACAGCCGGCAGUCAGUGCCUGGGUUAUCCUACCCAUCCUCUCAGUCUGUCCCAGAUCCACUCCUCAGUCAUCUGGUCUACCAGAGAGACACUAGAGACAUACAGACAGCUAGGGACCUGGACAGCACACAUUCCUCAGCUCUAGAUGGCACUGAGGUCCGCUACCUCAAUGACAGGCCAGCCCUGGAUGCUCUGAGAACUCUGGUACAGCCCAAAGCACAACUUACCCAGAGCAUGGAUAGCGAAGCAGCAGCCUCUCCCCCUGCUCCAGUCCCAGGCUCCAUCGGGCGAGAUGAGAGCUCUGCCUCCUCCAGCCCUGCUUCUGCCUCCCAGAAGCUGGAGAACCUACGGAGGCGGCAACCUGACAAUAAGCUGGAGAAGCUCAAAGAACGUAUUCGCAGGCAGAGAGAACACCUGGAGAAGGCCGCAGAGCGAGACAGGCUGCUGGGUUACCUGGAACAGCCUAUACUGGGAGCUGUGGAUAGCAGCAUUGGUGUUACUACCAAUAUGCCCACGGCUAAAAUCCGGAAAGUAGCAGCAGCGCCACCUGCACCGGUAUACAGAGGUUUCAACAGUAGUGAGACAAAGAUCAAGACUCCUGAUGGAAAAGUUUGGAAGGAAGAGGAGUUCCACAACCUGAGCAGAGAGAUCUACAGAGACCUGUCACAGCGGUUUUCUGAAAGCACCAGAUCCAGGCACCAACAGCAGAGAGAACAGAGGCCAGCAGACAGGUCCAAAGAAAGGAAGCCAUCCAAACCAGUCAGGAAGGUCCAGAAAGUUGCCUCUGGCUCAGACACCAGACCAGUGAUCGGUCCUUCGUCAUGGAGGGAGGGCCAGAAGUUGGUGAAGAUGGUGCUGGGUCCAGCUCCCAGGUUGCCUAAGGAGGACAAACCCCAGCCAUCUGACAGACUGAGUAAAACAGGUCCCUUUCACCGCUCCAGUUCUGAUCCCCGCUCUGAAUCAAACCGGCAGUCGCACCGCAACAGCAGAGAGAGGUCUCACAGCAGUAGCCAAGGGCGGAGCAACUCCCACUCCAUGCCCACACCCAUUUCUUCAGCUGCAGCUCAGGACAAGGCCCCAGUGGCUGUGAGCACAGAUCUGUUGUCAGCAGACAUCCAGGGCAUACUGGAUGACCUGCAGCUGGAGUGCCGAGCAGCUGAGGAGGAAGAGGAGAGGGCACGGCAGAGGUCCCGGAGAGGGGAUCGAAGUAGAAGAGGGAGAGGGGGAUCGGGGUCUCUAACAAGGGCCUCAGUCUCUGCCUUGGGGUCUAUUGCUGCAGCUGGCAACUAUCUGCGAGGCUCCCGCAGCACCAGCCCAGCCAAACACCAACCAGAGCCUGUCCACACUACAGAGACAGGGCAGAGGAAGCGUCACUAUGAUGCAGAUUCUGUCCGCCAGUACAUCGUUCGGCAACAGGAGGAGAGAAAGAGGCGUCAGGCAGAGGAGAAGAGAGCACAGAGAGAGGAGGCGGAGAGGAGGAACCAGAGACUGCAGGAGCUCUAUAAGAAGCAAAGAGGAGUAGGUAAAGCACUGGCCCAUCCCCCUGUGGUGCCUGUGGCCCCAGUACAGAAGAGGCUACAGGAAACCUACACCAAGCUGCUGCUGGAGGAGGCCCAGCUGGGUGCAGAAGCAACACAGACACAACCUACUGUACUACCUACUUCUAGUCAACUGUUGCAGAAGCCAGUGUACCAGCCUUCAGGGGAGUCGGACAAGGAGAAUAAGAGACUCGAACCACCCCAAAGUCCCUCCAGCAGUGAUAUGUCUUUGUCAGAACAUCCACCUCCUCCACUCUCAAGGAAUGAUCUGGGUGUGGGAGUUCCCUCCUGGCUUCAGCCUGGCCUGAACUCAGCAGUCCGACCAGCCUCUGCUCCCAGCAGUAGUGCUCUGGUGCCACCUAGUGACCAUCUCCUCUCACAGCUUCUCAGGCUGGAGGCUGGGGCAUCCGCUGGAGGACACAGACAGGUCCCAGAGCCAACUACAGCACCUCCCAACAGGUUGCAGUCCAAGAUGUCCCGCAUCGAAGCUCUAAAGGCCACAGCCGCAUCCCUCUCCCAACGCAUAGAGAGUGAAGCACGGAAACUAGCUGGCGAGGGGAUCAACUAUGGCUCAGCAACUGCUUUGGAUGUCGAUGCCAUUUUUGCUCCUCAGCCCUCUCAAAUGAACCACGACGAUGGACGCUGGGCAAAGGCAUUCAGCCCACCUGUCAGAGAAACAGCCAUAGCUGCCACAACAGAUCCUGAUGACCUAGCUCUGAGGAUCCAGAGGAUUUUGUGUAGUGCAGGUCAGAGUUCAUACAAUGCAGUGGAUCUGCCAUUUGUGGGCAACCUGGCAGCUUCAGAAGGCACCUUUAGAAGGCAGAAAGAGAAAAAUGGUUUGCAAACCAAUUUCUUCAGGCUGGAAACCACAGCUGCUGGUGUUGGGGGCCACACCCUAAACAACGAAACACAAGAAGGGAGGACGUUGGUCAAUGGCCUAGAGAAGGGAGAGAAGAUGGAAAGGUUGGGACAGGGGAGAGAAUAUGGAACAAUUGAGGGGGAGGAGAUGAAUGGAAAGAAGCCUGAACACCAUGAAUCAAGUGGAGGCUCCAUUAGUGAGGGUCCUCUCUUGAGCGAGGGGAGUCUCUCUGAGGAUGAUGCAGACCCUCCUCGCCACUCCCACAAUCACAUAGCUGGACUAGCAGAUCGUCUGGGUGCUCAGGACUUCUGUGUGGGUCAGAGAGGGGACUAUCAGCCUCUGUCCCAUUUCCAAAGAGAGGCAGAGAGGUACUCUCCCUUUUCUCUAAGGGAUGGUAGCAAACAAGCCUGGGAGGAGCUAAACAAAGGGAGCCCUCUUAGUGUCAUCAACAUUUUCACCAAGACCCUUCAUAGCCAUGUGAAAGUGGGUGAGGAUAAGCCGGAGAAAAGAUCUCCGUCUGUCCGAUCUGUCCAGUCUGGAGCUAGCCCCGGUGAUGUAGCAACCUAUGAGAACGACUUUGUGUCAACUCGUAGUAGUGGAACAAGUGGGCAGUCGAAGAGAGGACACAAUAAUCGCAGUGUGAACAGUCACUUUGAGGAGCUAAAGAGGAGAUCCCCAUAUGAGAAAAGGGCGAGAGACCUAAACUCCCUUCAUUCAUCUAUUCAAUCCCCUCAUCUGUCCUGUGGCUCCACACCUGGCUCCUCGCCCCUCUCCAGGGGCUCAACAGGAAAGAGAGGUGCAUCAUCCGACCGACAUGAUGCCACUGUGGUGGAUGAGCAGAGGAGCCCCCGUUCACCAACGUCUGAAGCCCCAUCUGCUGAAUCCAAGAAAAGAGGCUCAGAGAAGAACUCAGUCUACAGCCAGGCCAGGAGUAUCCCCUCUGAUGGUACACUGGGGGGAGCCUCGGGGUACUCCCUCCGAAGUUUUGGGUUGGAUGGUAAUAAGUCUCCAGUGGACAGCCCUAGUCAGGCAUCCCCUUCCGGCUCUCCUCCAGGGGCAGACUCUCCUGACGUGUCUGUAAGAAGUGGCUCCUCAGUGGGGGCAGACAUCCCAAAUAUAGGCCUGGGUUUAAGAAGUGGAUCUCCAGUAACACCCGAGGGUAGACCGGCUGCUGUUCCUGGAACACACAUUCCCAGACCCAGUGGUAGAGCAGAAACCACAAGUGAGCUGCAGUAUGCCCCCACUGUAUUGCAGCAGCGUAUGACAGCGGAGCUCACCUACUUGGAAUCCGUUGAGGAGUCUCUCCGACAGUUGGGGGAUGUGGAAAGGCUGAGGGGUGUGUCCAUGGCCCAGCAGGAGAGUGUAUCAUUGGCCCAGAUACUGAAGGCCCAGCAGCAGCGCCAUGAGCGUGAACUAUAUGAACUGAAAAUAAAGGCUGAGAGGGAAGCUCUGGAGGCACAGCUACAGCUGGAGGAGAGCAGACACAGAGCAGUCAGGGCUCAUGCAGACUUGCAGGAAAGCAUGGCAGUGACCCAACAAGAGACUUUGGGUGGUCUCCAAGAAUCCACGGCUAAAAUGAUGACUCAACAAGUUGAGGCGGCCCGCUACACAGCUGAUGCUGCCCGACACAUCAAAGAGAUGACAGAGUUGGCACGGUCUCAGAUAGCCGGGGCAUUGAUUGUACCUUCGGCUGUCACAUCUCUUUUGGACCAGCAGAGAGAACAGCACAACAUGAAACAACUACAAGCCAAAGCUGACACUGAAAGGAGUGAGGUGUCAGGCAGUAGGGCAGGGCCAGAAGAGCCCCCCUCUCCCCUGGACAGUUGCAGUCAGUCUGACUCACUGCCCUCCAGGAGACCCAACCUCAGUGAUGGAGACAGCAGCAGCCACCUGAGCCCAUUGCAGGCUUCCUCUGACCAGAGGGAGAGAAGUCGAAAGGAGGGAGCAGAAGAAAAAAGGACGAAAGAGGGAUCACAGGAGAGGAGCAUGCCUUUGAGGAGGGAGAAGGUCGCAAGUUGCAGCUCCAUAGAGGAAGACGCUCCCACAGCGGCAGACGACUCUCUUCGCAGUGACAGCAUUCCCUCCAUGGUGGAUGAGAAAGCAGACAGUACAUCAGUGGCAACAGAGUACUCUCUGAAGUUUGACGAGUCGAUGACUGAAGAUGAAAUUGAGGAGCGCUCAUUUCGCUCUCUGCUGCCCUCUGAAGCACACCGCCGUGGUACCUUGGAGAAGAAAUCCCGUCCACAUGAGGAAUCGGAGGAGGAGACAGCCAGUCAUGACAGGACACUGGCCACAGGAGCACAUGACCGUUCUAAGACUCAGGAUGUGAGCAUGGCCUUCUCUGGCGGCCAGGACAGCUUCUCGCAGUUCACCAUGGACAUGGUGCGCCAGUACAUGAAGGACGAGGAGGUGCGGCUUCAGCACCAGAGCUCUCUGCUGCACCUCCGCCAGAAGGCCCUCAGGGAGAAGACCAAGACUGAGCUAGCAUGGCUGGAGCACCAGAAGAGGAGGCUGAGAGACAAGGGUGAGGAUGACAAGAUGCCACCCAUCAGGAAGAGGCAGAGGGGCUUGCUGAUGAAGCUUCAGCAGGAGCAGGCUGAGAUCAAGCGUCUCCAGGAAGCCAACAAAGCAGCGAGGAAGGAGAGGCAGCUGUUGCUAAAGCAGCAGCAGGAGAUUGAGAGGAUGAGAAACUCCACACUAAGACUCAAGGAGCGUCUCAAGUGUGUCGGAGGCGAAGCACCACCUGAGGCUCCCAUGUCAGAAACCCCUGUGUGUGAAGAAGCAGUCCCCAGCAUGAGGCUAGCAGACAGGGAUGUCUGUAGCCCCUCUCCUCCUCUCUCUGUCUCUGGCAGCGAGACCAGCAGCAUCAUGCAGAAGCUUAAGAAGAUGCGCUUUCACAUGGAUGAAAAACUCUGUUCUCCUGUCCACUGCUUUUUCUCUGUGUUCACGGCCCACCACUGGGCCUCCCUCAGUGUCUGUCUCCCCAACCUUCACCCCAAAUUCCAGCUCUUUAUCUACAACCACUUGGUCAGAUUCCUGACUAAGCGGGAGCAGCAGCUGAUGCAGAGGCGGCGCCAUGCAGAGGAGCUACUGGAGUGGAAGCAGCGGCUGGACCAGGAGGAGGCUGUGGUCCGCAGAAUGGAAAAGGAGGCCCUAGCCACCUGGGACAGAGAUCGGGAGGCCUCAGAGUGUCGCAUAAAGGAGAGCUCCGACGUCACCCCCAGCUCUAGUCACCACCGAAGCCCAGAACACAGGACCAACAGCGAGAAAGAGUUUGUGAGUGAGGAGGACUCCUCCCCAGUGACACCCGUGUCCAGUAUCCACACAGAGAGCUCAGUGUCCCAGCUCCCAGAGAGUCCAUCCAUCGCGACACCUGCCUUGGUCCCUAAAAUACCCUUGGCCUCAGCCCAGAUCAGCCCCUCAAACUACCCCCAGGAUUUCACCUCUGCUUCUCUAACACCCAGCAAACGAUCUCCAGCCAAAGGCAACCUCAGCACUGCUGCUUCCCAGUCAGAUAGUAGCAGCAGAAAAACCAAGAUGCAGGUCCAUUCUGCCUCCCUGAGCCCCAUCCAGAUACAGACCCAGCCCACCGACACCCCCACAGCCGCACAGACCGAAACAAUGUCUGACCAAAGCGACAUAGAAAGCCGUAUAAGGGCCCUGAAGGAAGAGCUGAGGAAACGCAAGUCUAUGGCCCACCAGCUGAAGAAAGAGCAGAAGAAGAGGCACAAAGAGCGGCUGAAGGCACAGGAAGCCAGCCUACUAAAGCAACUACAGUCCUAUAAUGACUUCAUCCAGAAGACCAAGGCAGAGCUUAACAGUGAGCAGGACACAACACCUGCUGAUAAGGCCAAAGUUAAGACUCUCACUGCUGCCUCAGGAAAGACCAAAAUCAAACCACUUCCUCCAUACAGGUCUGAUUCAAGCGAAGGUUUCAAGAUUGUCUCAGACUCAGAGAGGACACGCCCUGAUUCACCAUUGGUCCAUGAUGACUUCAUUUCUCCUCGGCGCAGUCGAUCUACCUCACUGCCUGAAGGGUUGUCUGAUGAGGAUGUACCAACAGUCACCCCAACCCCAGUAUAUGGCAGCCCAGAGCGUCCCUCCUCCGCUCUCAGGGAAUCCAUCUCCCCCCAGUGUCUUUCCAGACCAGUUUCCAGGGAAGACCAGCCACUGAUUGGACAAGCUCAGCCACAGAUCGAGUCAGGAAAUGAGAGUAUUGUGUCAAACCAUAGAUCAGACAUUAAGGAAGAGUUGGGAACUGUUGUGGGCGACAAGUCUGAGGAUCAACAUUCUGAGUGUCUUUUCAAAUUAGACCAAGAAAAGAAGCCAAGCUCUCAGCCGAAGCUGUCUGUAACUGACCAUGGUCCAUCCUCCAAGAGUGAAGAGCGCAGACAUUCUCCAUCUGGUGGUCUAGAGACAGAUGAGCAAAUGAAGACCAUUGAAUCAUCUGUAGUAGGAGAGGAUGUCAGAUCUGCUGAUUCACAUUCAAACAGGUCUAAUUCAGUUGCAAGAGAAACCAAAACAUUAGAGCAGCCUAAUGACAGCUCCCCUUCCCCUGGGCGUUCCUACAUCCCUAACUCUAUUGCCCUCUCUUCUAAGAAAGAGGCUACAAUAAAGAAUGCUGAGCCCUCCUCUCCUUUAGCAGAUGGCUACCAUGAUGACUUUGAGUCUUCCGUGGAGUCAUCACCCAGGGAGGUCCACCAUAGUUCCAAAUCUGCCUCCACAUCUUUACCCUCCCCCACAGAGGUGAAGGCGUCAAGAGAGGGCUCCCACAGCAAGUCUCCACUCUACAGCCGCCAAGAUGAGGAGGAGGUGGAAGAGGACAUUGCUGAGGAAUUAAGUGAACACUCUGGAGUUAACGGCAGUAGCCAUCACUCUGGAGGACUGCUAGACCUUCAUAGCCAUACCAAAGAUGACACCAAGGAAAAAACCAUCAUCUCCAACCACUCACCCAUCAUCUCCCCUUCACAGACUCCAUCUCCUCUGAGUAUUGAUGAGAUGCCCAGUUUCAACAUUGGAGACCGGGUCUUAGUCAGCAACAUUCAACCAGGUACACUGAGAUUUAAAGGUCCAACCAAGUUUGCAAAUGGUUUCUGGGCUGGUGUGGAGCUGGACAAGUCUGAAGGGAGCAACAAUGGCAUCUAUGAUGGGGUGGUAUACUUUGAGUGUGAAGAGCAGCAUGGUAUCUUCGCUCCUCCAGACAAGAUCACUCACCUGCCAGAAAAGUUUGAGAUGUACACGGACACCACAGAGGACGAGGACUCAUUUUUUGACGACCUGUCAGAUAAGGAUGGGAACAAACGUGAAGCUGAUGAGAAGAAAGCGCGCAAUCAAGGAGACCGGCAGGGUAAAAGAGAGGAAACAUUUGGUAAUGAUUCUGCUUCCAAAGAUAAAGAGCCUACUGAUGAGUCUGAUCAACUAGCUGAACAUCUGAAGAACCAGCACACUCUGAAGGCAAAGUCCCACACCCAUAACCUCAGCGAUCUUGGGCAUCCAGUGCCGAAUGGGAAGGGCAUCAUCCUAGAGUUUGAAGAAAGGCAAGCUCCUCUCAUCAUCUCCGACAUGGACAAGAUAGGCUGGGCGAAGCAGAGCCUGAAGGAGAUUACUACCAUCAUUGAGAAGAAAGACAUAGACUCCCACCAAAACUCUGUCAUUCCUGUUGAUGCCUCCACAGACAUUGUGAAGAGUCAAAAACAGGACAAAGAAAGACUAGAUGCCUUUGCUGACAAACUUAUCCACAACUUUGUGAAUGAUGCGGUGAAGCAGAUCACUGAGAUUAAAAAGGCCAAAGAGCAGAAAAUAGCUGCUGCCAACCAGAUGAAUGGAGAUAUGUUUGGUGAUGGUGUUGACAAUGAGGAGAUUUUCUCCUCAGCGGAACUGAUGGAUGGUCUGCCAUUCUUCUUGGAGGCAGAGAAGGAUGAGUUGUCCUCUCCAGAGCUGUGCAACCAACCAAAGAGUCCAGUGUUGGGACCCAGUGGUCAAGAGGAACUUGCCAAGCGUCUAGCAGAGCUAGAGCUGAGUCGUGAGCUACUGGAUGAUUUGGGUGACGAACAGGACUGGUUUGAUGAAGACUUUGGCCUCAGCUCACGCCGGGAACAACAGAGACUCAAACAGAAGCAGAGAGAAGACGAGGAGGAGGCAAAGCUGGGAGGUGGAGGGGGAAGGUCUGGGUCAUCAGUCACAACAGCCCUGGGAGGGCUGGUCACAGCGCCAGGUGGAGAGCAGCAGGUCAAGACCCCACCCCGGCCUGAGAUGCCUCUCCCCCUGCCACCCAAACUACCUGAGCAGCCUGCCAUGGUAGUGCCCCACUCAGCCACGGAGGUGGAAAAGCUGGUUCACACUGCCACCCAGGAGAUCUGGGACAGUUGUAAGCUUGGAGAGGAAGGUACACUGACCCUGACUCAGCUGCCCAUCCCAAAGCCUUCACAAGUCUACUUGGGUAAAGAAGCCAACAGUCAGGACCACGAUGCACUCUGCAUCCGCAGCUACAGACAAGCUGUGUAUGACCUCACUUGGGAGAUUCUUCAGGAGAUCUAUGCCGAAGACCCCAACGCCCAUCAGCCUCAGUGGGUCAAACCACAGAGAGUCAACUCCUACUUCCACAGAGUCAAGUCACCUAGAGAUAUUGCCAAAGUCCAGGAAUUUAUCACAGCAGAAGUACUUAAGCUGUAUGGUCUGAAGAAAGACCAGAACCAGAAGACUGACUGGCAGAAGAUGCUCAAAUUUGGCAGGAAGAAGCGAGACCGAGUGGAUCACAUACUGGUUCAGGAGCUCCAUGAGGAGGAGGCUCAGUGGGUCAACUAUGAUGAAGAUGAGCUGUUUGUCAAGAUGCAACUUGCAAACAGCGUCUUUGAUGCAUUGCUGAAAGACACUGCAGACGUUUUGACUCAAAUCUAUGACAAGAGAGCCAAAAGAGCUGCCCUUUCAUGA